AUGAACGGCGAUACCUAUUCUUCCAGGGACUCUGGACGCUCUCGCGAUUAUUAUCGCGACGAGCGACGAGACCGAGACCGAGGUGACCGUGCCGAACGGGGUGACCGUGCCGAACGAGGAGACCGUGCCGAACGAGGAGACCGUGCUGAUCGCGGCGAAAGAAGACGCUCACGAUCGCCUCACCACGGCUCCCGUGGUGAUUCCCGCCGCGAGCGCGAGCCUAACUCCUACUCAUCCAGCCGCGACUACCGUGCCCGUGAACGUGAAGACCGCUACUCCGGUCGACGUGAUGACAGAGAUUGGGACCGUGGUGACCGUGCUGAGCGUGGCGAACGGGGCGAACGCGGCGAACGUGGAGGUGACCGGGGCGAUCGCCGGCGCCGGGACUUUGACGACAGACCCCGUCGGGACUUGUUUGAUGACCGACGAGGUGGUGGCCGAGGUGGAGACCGUGGAGAUCGAGGAGACCGUGGAGACCGUGAGAGAAGAGAGCGAAAGAGAAGCGCCACACCUCCGCGGCGCAAGGAGCCUACUCCCGACCUGACAGAUGUGCCUUCUGUGCUGGUCCGGCAACGUCGUUUGACUCAAUGGGACAUCAAGCCUCCUGGAUAUGAGAAUGUCACGGCCGAGCAAGCAAAGAUCUCAGGAAUGUUCCCUCUUCCCGGAGCUCCUCGCCAGCAGCCUAUGGACCCCAGCCGCAUGAAGGACUUCCUGAACCCUCCCACUGGCGAGAGUGAAAACGCUGCCCUCAAGCCUUCCAACUCCCGCCAAUCUAAGCGUCUCUUCGUGUACAAUCUCCCUCCCAGUGCCUCGGGCGAAAGCAUCAUUUCCUUUUUCAAUCUUCAGCUCAACGGUCUCAAUGUGAUCUCAAAUGUCGAUCCUUGCAUCUCAGCUCAAGUCUCCGAGGACAGGGCAUUUGCUCUCUUGGAGUUCAAGGAUCCCAAUGAUGCCACAGUUGCAUUGGCUUUCGAUGGAAUCACCAUGGCAGACAGCGGCGAGAAGGGUCUUGAUGUAAAGAGGCCCAAGGAUUACAUUGUUCCCACUGGCGCAGAACAGCCCUACCAGGAGGGUGUGCUGUUGAACGAAGUCCCCGAUUCACCCAACAAAAUCUGCGUUUCUAAUAUCCCCGUCUACAUCCCCGAGGAGCCCGUCACAAUGCUACUUAAGUCAUUCGGCGAGCUCAAGUCAUUCGUCCUGGUCAAGGAUGCCUCAACCGAGGAGUCUCGGGGCAUUGCUUUCUGUGAAUAUGCCGACCCAGCUGCCACUCCCAUUGCCGUGGAAGGAUUGAACGGCAUGGAACUAGGCGAUCGCCGCCUCAAGGUCGUUCGCGCCAGCAUCGGAACCACCCAAGCUUCCGGCCUGGAUAUGGGCGUCAACGCCAUGCAGAUGUUCGCCAAGACCACAUCCCAAGACCUGGAGACGACCCGCGUCCUGCAACUCCUCAACAUGGUCACACUCGAUGAGCUCCUCAACGACGAGGACUAUGAAGAAAUCCGCGAAGACGUAGGCGAGGAAUGCUCCAAGUUCGGAACAGUCCUCGCCCUCAAGGUCCCCCGCCGCGGCCACGGCGCCGGAAAGAUCUACGUCAAGUUCGACAAGGCCGAGUCGGCCACCGCCGCCCUGAAGGCUCUGGCCGGACGGAAGUUCUCAGACCGUACGGUUGUUGCCUCUUACUUUGGCGAGGAGAACUUUGAUACCGAGGCCUGGUAA